AUGAAUCGGAGAAGCCGAUCUUUAGCCAGGCAUUCCCUGCCUCGAUCCGAACCUUUCUUGAAGUAUCUCAAACCCGGCGCCCUUGCUCGCCUCAGAGAUUCGCGGAUCAGCGCCAGAUCUCACCGAACCAGCUCCCUCUUUCAGAUCUCUCCGUCUUUUCCGUCGUCUAAUGGUGGCCAACUCUCAUCCUCCGCAGCCGUGGACGGCUUCCCUUGCUUUGUGCCGACAGCUAGAGUCUACGGUCCCCGGUGUCUGCAGAGGAGGAAGUUAGUCGCGGCCAAGGGAAUGCUGUUUCAGAGUUCAUCACAGUCGGCUUUGGAUUUGCCAGAUCCGGUUGUGGAUUUGUUAGCUAGUGAAUGA